GGGUACAAAGCCUCCUGCCUGCAGCCCUCCCCAGAGGCGGCCACUUCUCCCACCUCUCGACAUGGGUGUCGGCCUCGGGGAGCCCGCGCGGCUCUGGGCCCUGGCCCUCGCCCUCGCCCUGGCCUGCGCCCAGCACACAGGCGGGGCCCAGCUCGGCUCUGCACCCAGAGAGGAGCACCCGCACCUCCCUCCCGCCCCCCAGGGGCCCGGCGGCGACGCCCUGCGCCGGGUGAACAUCCUCCCGCCACUGAGGACCGCCCCCGUGGUGCGCGCCCUGAACCCGGCGCACAACGGGCGGGUCUGCAGCACGUGGGGCGACUUCCACUACAAGACCUUCGACGGCGACGUGUUCCGCUUCCCCGGCCGCUGCAACUACGUCUUCUCGGCGCACUGCGGGGCCGCCUACGAGGACUUCAACGUCCAGCUGCGCCGCGGCCCCGACGCCCCCGCCGGCGCCCCGCUCAGCGUCACCAUGAAGCUCCGCGGCCUGGUCCUGCAGCUGAGCCCCGGCUCCGUCCUGGUCAACGGCCGCCCGACCCAGCUGCCCUUCAGCCAGUCAGGGGUGCUGGUGGAGCACAGCGCCAGCUACCUGAAGGUGGUGGCCCGGCUGGGCCUGGUCUUUAUGUGGAACCAGGACGGCAGCCUCCUGCUCGAGCUGGACACCAAGUACGCCAACCAGACCUGCGGGCUCUGCGGGGACUUCAACGGCGUCCCCACCUUCGACGAGUUCUUCUCCCACGGCACCAAGCUGAGCGACGUGGAGUUUGGGAACAUGCAGAAGCUGGACGGCCCCACGGAGCAGUGCCAGGACCCCGCCCCUGAGCCCCCGGGGAACUGCUCCAUCAGCUCGGGCCUCUGCGAGGAGCUGCUGCUGGGCGAGCGGUUCCUGGGCUGCAACGCCCUGGUGGACGCCGGCAGCUACGUGCGCGCCUGCCGGCAGGACCUGUGCCUGUGCGAGCACGCCGACCUGGCCGGCUGCGCCUGCCCCACGCUGGCCGAGUACUCCCGCCAGUGCGCCCACGCCGGCGGGCGGCCCCUGGACUGGCGGGGCCCCGGCCUCUGCCCCCAGACCUGCCCCCACAACAUGCAGUACCGGGAGUGCGGCUCGCCCUGCGCCGACACCUGCUCCAACCUGGAGCACUCCCAGCUCUGCGAGGACCACUGCGUGGCCGGCUGCUUCUGCCCCGAGGGGACGGUGCUCGAUGACAUCGGCCAGAUGGGCUGCAUCCCCGUGUCCCAGUGUCCCUGUGUGCACAACGGGGCCACCUACGCCCCGGGGGCCACCUACUCCACAGACUGCACCAACUGCACCUGCUCUGGGGGCCGGUGGAGCUGCCGGGAGCUUCCGUGCCCCGGCACCUGCGCGGUGCUGGGAGGCGCCCACUUCUCCACCUUCGACGAGAGGCCGUACACGGUGCACGGGGACUGCAGCUACGUGCUGGCCAAGCCCUGCAACAGCAGCGCCUUCACCGUGCUGGCCGAGCUGCGCAGGUGCGGCCUGACGGACAGCGAGACCUGCCUGCGGAGCCUGACGCUGAGCCUGGACGGGGGGCAGACGGUCGUGGAGGUCAAGGCCAGCGGGGAGGUGCUAGUGAACCAGCUCGUCACCCAGCUGCCCGUCUCGGCAGCCGCCGUCACGCUCUUCAGACCGUCCACCUUCUUCAUCGUGGCGCAGACGCGCCUGGGGCUGCAGGUGGAGGUGCAGCUGGUGCCCACCAUGCAGGUGUUCCUGAGGGCAGCGCCCGCGCUCCGCGGCCAGACCUGCGGCCUCUGCGGGAACUUCAACCAGAACCAGGCGGACGACUUCCGCACCCUGAGCAGCGUGGUGGAGGGCACGGCCGCCGCCUUCGCCAACACCUGGAAGACCCAGGCCGCCUGUCCCAACGUCAGGAACAGCUUGGAGGACCCCUGCGCCCUGAGCGUGGAGAACGAGAAGUACGCUCAGCAUUGGUGCUCGCUGCUGACCGGCCCGCAGGGCCCCUUCGCUCCGUGCCACGCCGCCGUGAACCCCGGCCCCUACUACUCGAAUUGCCUGUUCGACACGUGCAACUGCGAGAAGAGCGAGGACUGCCUGUGCGCCGCGCUGUCCGCCUACGUCCGCGCCUGCGCCGCGCGGGGCGUGCUGCUGGGCGGCUGGAGGGCCGGCGUCUGCGCAGCGCCCCUGGACACCUGCCCGCCGUCCAUGACCUACCGCUACCACGUCAGCACCUGCCAGCCCACCUGCCGCGCCCUGAGCCGCGAGGACCCCACCUGCGCCAUCAGCUUCGUGCCCGUGGACGGCUGCACCUGCCCCGACGGCACCUUCCUGGACGACGCGGGCAAGUGUGUGCCGGCCGCCAGCUGUCCCUGCUACCACGGGGACGCCGUGAUCCCCAAUGGGGAGUCUCUGCACGAGCGGGGGGCUGUCUGCACCUGCACGCAGGGCACACUGACCUGCAUCGGAGGCAACACCCCCGACCCAGUCUGUGCCCCCCCCAUGGUGUACGUGGACUGCCGUAACGCCACGCCAGGGGCCGCGGGCGCCGGCUGCCAGAAGAGCUGCCACACCCUGGACAUGGACUGUUACAGCCCCCAGUGCGUGCCCGGCUGCGUGUGCCCCGCGGGGCUGGUGGCUGACGGCGAGGGCGGCUGCGUGGCGCCAGACGCCUGCCCCUGCAUGCACAACGAGGCCAGCUACCCCGCGGGCCAGACCAUCCGCGUGGGCUGCAACACCUGCACCUGCAAGAGCCGGAAGUGGCAAUGCACGGACCAGCCCUGCCUGGGCACCUGCGCCGUGUACGGCGACGGCCACUACCUCACCUUCGACGGGCAGCGCUACAGCUUCGACGGGGCCUGCGAGUACACGCUGGUGCAGGACCACUGUGGCGGGAACGGCAGCGCCCAGGACGCCUUCCGCGUGGUCACGGAGAACGUCCCCUGCGGCACCACGGGCACCACCUGCUCCAAGGCCAUCAAGAUCUUCCUGGGGAGCUACGAGCUGAAGCUAAGCGAGGGGCAAGUGGAGGUGAUCGAGAAGGGCCCGGGGCAGGAGGCGCCCUACUCCGUCCGCCAGGUGGGCAUCUACCUGGUGGUGGACACCGAGGCCGGCCUGGUGCUGCUGUGGGACAAGAAGACCAGCAUCUUCCUCAGACUCAGCCCCGAGUUCAAGGGGCGGGUCUGCGGGCUGUGCGGGAACUUCGACGACAACGCCGUCAACGACUUCACCACGCGCAGCCAGUCCGUGGUGGGCGACGCCCUGGAGUUCGGCAACAGCUGGAAAUUCUCCCCCACCUGCCCCGACGCCCCGGCCCCCCGGGACCCCUGCACCGCCAACCCCUACCGCAAGUCCUGGGCGCAGCGGCAGUGCAGCCUCAUCAACAGCGCCACCUUCCAGGCCUGCCACGCCCACGUGGAGCCAGCCCCGUACUACGAGGCCUGCGUGAGCGACGCGUGCGCCUGUGACUCGGGGGGCGACUGCGAGUGUUUCUGCACCGCCGUGGCCGCCUACGCCCAGGCCUGCCACGACGCGGGCGUGUGCGUGGCCUGGCGCACCCCGGACAUCUGCCCCCUGUUCUGCGACUACUACAACCCCGAGGGCCAGUGUGAGUGGCACUACCAGCCCUGCGGGGUGCCCUGCCUGCGGACCUGCCGCAACCCCCGUGGCCAGUGCCUGCACGACACGCGUGGCCUGGAAGGCUGCUACCCCAAAUGCCCGCCGGAGGCUCCCAUCUUUGACGAGGACGCCAUGCAGUGUGUGGCCACGUGCCCGACCCCGCCCCCGCCGCCGCCCUGCCAAGUCCAGGGCAAGUCGUACCAGCCGGGUGCGGUCGUGCCCUCGGACGAGAACUGCCACUCCUGCGUUUGCACGGAGAAUGGCGUGCGGUGCGCCUACGAUGCCAAGGCCUGUGUCUGCAGCUAUGACGGGCGGCGCUUCCGCCCGGGAGACGUCAUCUACCACACGACGGAUGGCACCGGCGGCUGCAUCUCCGCCCGCUGCGGGCCCAAUGGCACCAUCGAGAGGACCGUCCACGCCUGCAGCUCCAGCUCCCCCGCCCCCCCCACCACCUUCUCCUUCUCCUCCUCCACGCCCCCCAGCGCCAUGAGCUCCACAGGCCCGCCCGGCCCGCGCCCCAGCCCUGCCACCAGCCCAGCCCCCGCCAGCACCCCCAGGCCGCGGCCUUCGACGGCCUCCGUCGCCCCCGGCCCCGCCUGUGGGGAGGACUGCCAGUGGUCAGCAUGGCUGGACGUCAGCCGCCCGGGACGCGGCCUCGACAGCGGUGACUUCGACACGCUGGACAACCUCCGUGCCCACGGGUACCGGGUCUGCCAGGCCCCGAGGGCGGUGGAGUGCCAGGCCGAGCAUGCCCCUGACGUGCCGUUCCAGGUCCUGGGGCAGCAUGUGCAGUGCAGCCCGACCGCAGGGCUGACCUGUUACAACAGGGACCAGGUCUCAGGGCUCUGCUUCAACUACCAGAUCAGGGUCCUGUGCUGCUCCCCCCGGGCCUGCACCACCACUCCUGCCCCAGCCACCACCACUCCCACCACCACUCGCACCUCUACACCUGCCCCAGCCACCACCACACCUGCCCCAGCCACCACCACUCGCACCUCUACACCUGCCCCAGCCACCACCACACCUGCCCCAGCCACCAUCUCACCUGUGAAAACAACUGGCUCAGCCCCCAGCCCAAUGCCAGUUUCAACCACUGCUUCCACCACAGCCUCCGUGGCGACCUCAGCCCCAGGGCCCUCCGAGGUCCCGGGUGUGCCCACCACCUCUCAGCCCAGCAUCAUCUCCUGCCUGCGGGAGUACUGCAGCUGGACCGAGUGGCUGGACGGCAGCUACCCCGAGGCUGGGAUCAACGGUGGAGAUUUUGACACGUUCCAGAAUUUGCGAUCCAAAGGGUAUGCGUUCUGCGAGCGGCCCAGCCAGGUGCAGUGCAGGGCCGAGCGCUUCCCGGACACCCCGCUGGCGGAGCUGGGUCAGACCGUGGUCUGCAGCGACAGCGUGGGCCUGCUGUGCCUCAACAAGGACCAGCUGCCCCCCAUCUGCUACAACUACCAAAUCCGGAUCCAGUGCUGCAAGUGGGUGGAUGUGUGCGGAGAGAGGACCACCCCACCGGGGACAUCGAGGGCCAUGCGCUCGACCCCACAGGACACAGCCAAAACCCAGGCCCCCUGGACCUCCACACAGCGCUGGACGGCCAGCUCGAUCCAUGUGCCCCCGGCCACCAAAACCAUACCCAGCACACACACGGUCAUACCACGCGGGACCACCCACUGCCAGCCACAGUGCACGUGGACCAAGUGGUUCGACGUGGACUUCCCGUAUCCGGGGCCCCACGGAGGAGACCUGGAAACCUACAGCAACAUCGUCCGCAGUGGAGAGAAGAUCUGCCGCCGGCCCGAGUACAUCACCCACCUGGAGUGCCGAGCCGAGAGCCACCCCGAGGUCAGCAUCGACCGGCUGGGCCAGGUGGUGCAGUGCAGCCCCGACGUGGGCCUGGUGUGCCACAACCGAGACCAGACAGGAGGGUUCAAGAUGUGCCUCAACUAUGAGGUCCGCGUGCUGUGCUGUGAGCCCCAACCAGGCUGCCCUACCUUCGAACCAAUCACCACACCCAGCACCCCAACUGUGAGCAUCACCAGUCCUACUGAGACAACCGCCCACAUGGCCACUUCCAGGACAACCUCUGUGCCGGAAACCAGCACCACCUCCGUGCCAGAAACCAGCACCACCCCCGUGCCAGAAACCACCACCCCCGUGCCAGAAACCAGCACCACCCCUGUGCCAGAAACCAGCACCCCCGUGCCGGAAACCAGCACCACCUCCGUGCCAGAAACCAGCACCGCCUCUGUGCCGGAAACCAGCACCACCUCUGUGCCAACAACGAGCACCCCCGUGCCAGAAACCAGCACCACCUCUAUACCGGAAACCAGCACCACCUCCGUGCCAGAAACCACCACCUCAGCUCCCAUAACCACCACAACCCCUGUGCCUGCACCUCUGACGACCCACCCCACAUCGGGGACCACCAGCUGCCAGCCACAGUGCACGUGGACCAAGUGGUUCGACGUAGACUUCCCGUAUCCGGGGCCCCACGGAGGAGACCUGGAAACCUACAGCAACAUCAUCCACAGUGGAGAGAAGAUCUGCCGCCGGCCCGAGUACAUCACCCACCUGGAGUGCCGAGCCGAGAGCCACCCCGAGGUCAGCAUCGACCGGCUGGGCCAGGUGGUGCAGUGCAGCCCCGACGUGGGCCUGGUGUGCCACAACCGAGACCAGACGGGCAGGUUCAAGAUGUGCCUCAACUAUGAGGUCCGCGUGCUGUGCUGUGAGCCCCAACCAGGCUGCCCUACCUUCGAACCAAUCACCACACCCAGCACCCCAACUGUGAGUAUCACCAGUCCUACUGAGACAACCGCCCACAUGGCCACUUCCAGGACAACCUCUGUGCCGGAAACCAGCACCACCCCCGUGCCAGAAACCAGCACCACCUCCGUGCCAGAAACCAGCACCACCCCUGUGCCAGAAACCAGCACCCCCGUGCCGGAAACCAGCACCACCUCCGUGCCGGAAACCAGCACCCCCGUGCCGGAAACCAGCACCACCCCCGUGCCAGAAACCAGCACCACCUCCGUGCCAGAAACCAGCACCACCUCCGUGCCGGAAACCAGCACCACCUCCGUGCCAGAAACCAGCACCACCUCCGUGCCAGAAACCAGCACCACCUCCGUGCCGGAAACCAGCACCACCCCCGUGCCAGAAACCAGCACCACCUCCGUGCCAGAAACCAGCACCACCUCCGUGCCGGAAACCAGCACCACCUCCGUGCCGGAAACCAGCACCACCUCUGUGCCAACAACGAGCACCCCCGUGCCGGAAACCAGCACCACCCCCGUGCCGGAAACCAGCACCACCCCCGUGCCGGAAACCAGUACCCCUGUGCCAGAAACCAGCACCACCUCAGCUCCCAUAACCACCACAACUCCUGUGCCUGCACCUCAGACAACCCAUCCCACAUCGGAGACCACCAGCUGCCAGCCACAGUGCACGUGGACCAAGUGGUUCGACGUGGACUUCCCGUAUCCGGGGCCCCACGGAGGAGACCUGGAAACCUACAGCAACAUCAUCCACAGUGGAGAGAAGAUCUGCCGCCGGCCCGAGUACAUCACCCACCUGGAGUGCCGAGCCGAGAGCCACCCCGAGGUCAGCAUCGACCGGCUGGGCCAGGUGGUGCAGUGCAGCCCCGAUGUGGGCCUGGUGUGCCACAACCGAGACCAGACAGGCAGGUUCAAGAUGUGCCUCAACUAUGAGGUCCGCGUGCUGUGCUGUGAGCCCCAACCAGGCUGCCCUCUGACUUCCGUGACCCCUUAUGUGACUUCUACCAAGUCCCUGCCCACCACAGAGCCCUCCUCGGUGGUUCCUACGGUGACCGCCCUCAGCUCGGCAGCACCGUCAGUCCAGACGUGCUACUGCAGCGUGUCCGACAAGCUCUACCCCGCAGGGUCCAUCAUAUACCAGGAGGCGGACCUCGCCGGCCACUGCUACUAUUCCGUGUGCAGCCUGGACUGCCACGUGGUGCGGCAGAUGGACCACACCUGUCCCAGCAGCACGCCACCUACCGCCCCGGCGACCCUCCCUCCUGGCUCUUCCACUUCGGCCCCUGUGACUGUCACAACGCAAGGCUGCCCCAAUGCUGUCCCCCCAAGAACGAAAGGACAGACCUGGCCCAUGCCUAACUGCUCCCAGGCCACCUGUGAGGGCAACAACGUCAUCACCCUGGGGCCGCGCCCGUGCCCACAUGUGCCCGAGCCGACCUGCGCCAACGGCUACCCUGCCCUGAAGGUGCCCGACCAGGAUGGCUGCUGCCUGCACUACCAAUGCCAGUGUGUGUGCAGCGGCUGGGGCGACCCCCACUACAUCACCUUUGACGGCACCUACUACACGUUCCUGGACAACUGCACCUACGUGCUGGUGCAGCAGAUCGUGCCCGUGUACGGCCACUUCCGCGUGCUCAUCGACAACUACUUCUGCGACUCCGAGGACGGGCUGUCCUGCCCGCAGUCCAUCAUCGUGGAGUACCGGCAGGAGCGCGUUGUGCUCACCCGCAAGCCGGUCCGCGGGGUGAUGACCAAUGAGAUCAUCUUCAACAACAAGGUGGUCAGCCCGGGCUUCCGGAAAGGCGGCAUCGUCGUCUCCCAAGUCGGCAUCAGGAUGUACGUGACCAUCCCCGAGAUCGGCGUCCAGGUCAUGUUCACGGGCCUCAUCUUCUCGGUGGAGGUGCCCUUCAGCAAGUUCGCCAACAACACGGAGGGGCAGUGCGGCACCUGCACCAAUGACCCCAAGGACGAGUGCCGCCUCCCUGGCGGGGCGGUGGUGACCUCCUGCUCGGACAUGUCCGGGUACUGGAAGGUGACAAACCCCGACCAGCCGUCCUGCCACGGGCCUCCCCCGACACGCCCUACGGUGCGGCCCACGACCCCGCCUGCCCCGUGCCCGCCCUCGCCAAUCUGCGAGCUGAUUCUGAGCGACGUCUUCCAGCCGUGCCACGCCGUGAUCCCCCCGAGGCCUUACUACCAGGGCUGCGCAUUCGACCACUGCCACAUGACCAACGCCGACGUGGUGUGCUCCGGCCUGGAGCUGUACGCCGCGCUCUGCGCCUCCCGCGGCGUGUGCAUCGACUGGCGCGGCCGGACCAACCACACCUGCCCCUUCACCUGCCCCGCCGACAAGGUGUACCAGCCCUGCGGCCCUUCCAACCCGUCCUACUGCUAUGGGGGCGACAGCGUCAGCCUCAUGGCCCUUCAGAACGCCGGCCCCAUCACGGAAGGCUGCUUCUGUCCGGAGGGCAUGACGCUUUUCAGCGCGAGCAAGGAAGUCUGCGUGCCCACGGGCUGCCCUCGCUGCCUGGGGCCCCACGGGGAGCCUGUGGAGCCUGGCCACACGAUCAGCUCCGACUGCCAGGAGUGUACUUGCGAGGCCGGCACGUGGACCAUGAGCUGCCGGAGACAGCCCUGCGCGCCGCCCCCCGCCUGCCCCGAGCCCGGACUCGUGCCCGUGCCUGCGUCCCCUCAGGCCGGCCAGUGCUGUCCCCAAUACACCUGCGCCUGCAACACCAGCUACUGCCCGGCGCUCCCGGCCUGUCCCGAGGGCACACGCCAGAUCCUGACCCACGAGGAGGGGGCCUGCUGCCCCAGCCAGAAAUGCGCCUGGAUGGCCUGCAGCGUGAACGGCACCUUGUACCAGCCCGGCGCCGUGGUCUCCUCCAGCCCGUGCGAGACCUGCAGGUGCGAGGUGCCCGGCGGGCCCCCGGCGGACACGUUCAGGAUCAGCUGUGAGACCCAGACCUGCCACAGCCACUGCCCAGCGGGCUCGGAGUACCGGGUGCAGAGCGGGCAGUGCUGCGGGUCGUGCGUGCAGGUGGCCUGCGUCAUGAACACCAGCGACGGCUCCGCCCGCCUCUUCUCCCCCGGAGAGACCUGGUCGGAGCCUGGCGACCGCUGUGUGACCCACGAGUGUGAGCAGCACCAGGACGGGCUCGUGGUGGUGACCACGAAGAAGGCGUGCCCCCCGCUCAGCUGCCCGGCGGACCAGGCUCAGUUGAGCAAGGACGGCUGCUGCCUCUCCUGUCCGCCACCCAAGCCCCAGAACCAGUCCACCUGCACCGUCCAGCACAAGCACCAGGUCAUCCGGCUGCAGGGCUGCAGCUCCGCGGGCCCCGUGCGCCUCGCCUACUGCCAGGGCAACUGCGGGGACACCGCCUCCAUGUACUCGCUGGAGGCCCGGGCAUUGGAGCACAGCUGCCGCUGCUGCCAGGAGCUGCGGGCCUCGCCCAGGAACGUGACUCUGCGCUGCGCGGACGGAUCGCGCCGCGCCUUCAGCUACACGCAGGUGGAGGAGUGCGGCUGCGUGGGCCAGCGCUGCGACGCCCGCGGGGACCUGCAGCGGCGGGACCCUGAGCCCGGGCGCUGGAGCCGAGGGGCCCGGGCCCUGCCCCUGGCUGAGGGGCGCCUCCCUCCCCACUGA